AUGUCGAAGCCAGAUUGGAUUCAGGUCGGCGCGCCGACGCUCGACCACCCCUUCGGCCUCCAUCUGUGGCCCAUUUUCGAGAAGGCUUUCGAGACGGUCAAGGGCUACAAGCCGCAGGACUUCCGCUUCGUCCAGGAUGAGACGCCCUUGUCGACCUUCAAGUCCUGCGCUAUAAUGCUGGUCUCUUACUACGUUAUCAUCUUCGGCGGCCGCGAGGUCAUGAAAAACUACCCCGCGCUGAAGCUCAAUGGCCUGUUCAAGAUCCACAACUUUUACCUGACGGCCAUCAGCGGCAUUCUGCUGGUGCUCUUCUUGGAGCAGCUGAUUCCCGAGCUUGUGCGCAAUGGUGUCUUCCACGCCAUCUGCAGCAUUGAAGGUGGCUGGACCGACAAGCUCGUCAUUCUCUACUACCUCAACUACCUCACGAAGUACCUCGAGUUCAUCGACACCAUGUUCCUGUUCCUGAAGAAGAAGCCCUUGACCUUCCUCCACACCUACCACCACGGCGCGACCGCCCUCCUUUGCUACACACAGUUGAUUGGCCACACCUCUGUUUCUUGGGUUCCCAUUACCCUGAACCUGACUGUGCACGUGGUCAUGUACUGGUACUACUUCCAGAGUGCGCGUGGAAUCAGGAUUUGGUGGAAGAAGUACAUUACCAUCAUGCAGAUUCUCCAGUUCGUCCUGGAUCUUGGCUUCGUUUACUUCGCCUCCUGGACCUACUUCACCUCGACCUACUGGCCUUGGCUUCCCAACGCCGGCAGGUGCGCGGGCGAGGAAUUCGCGGCCUUCUCCGGCAUUGCCAUCCUUACCUCGUACCUCUUCCUCUUCAUUCUCUUCUACAUUGCUACCUACAAGAAGCCGGUUCCGAAGGGUCGCGGCCGUGCGAAGAGUGCUCUGGUCGAAAUGAAGGACGAGAAGGUCCCCACGGUUGGCGCAGUCCGCCGCCGCCUCAGCGGCGCGUCGCAGUCGAUUGCCAACGGCUAUGUUUCGCCCGCGGCUGCCGCCACCCCCAACGGCAGGGUGACGCGCUCCCGCAAGGCAUAA